AUGCACAGGAAACACCUCCAGGAAAUACCAGACCAGAGUAGCAACGUUACCACGAACUUCACGUGGGGAUGGGACUCAAACAAGACUUCUGAACUGCUCUCAGGCAUGGGGGUCUCUGCCCUGGAAAAGGAGGAGGUGGACAGUGAGAAUAUCCCCCAGGAACUGCUCUCGAGCCUGAGUCAGCCUCAGAGUCCCCCACGAAAGCGGCUGAAAGGGAAAGGGAAUGACAAGGAAUUUGUGAUUGUUCGAAGAACCAAGUUAAAUCGAGAGAACUAUUCAGGUGUUUCGUGGGACACCCUCCUUGAUGAGCUUCUCCUGGGCAUCUUCUCGUAUCUGUGUCUCCCCGAGCUCCUGAAAGCCUCCUGCGUGUGUAAGACAUGGUACCGCCUCGCGAGUGAUGAGUCUCUGUGGCAGACCUUGGACCUCACAGGUAAAAAUCUGCAGCCAGCCGUGAUAGUCCACCUGCUAUCUCGAGGAGUGAUUGCCUUCCGCUGCCCACGGUCUUUUAUGGACCCACCUUUAGUUGAAUAUUGCAGUGCCUUUCGCGUUCAGCACAUGGACCUGUCGAACUCUGUAAUAGACGUGUCCACCCUCCACUGCAUUCUGUUUCAGUGCUCCAAGCUACAGAAUCUCAGUCUGGAAGGCCUAAAGCUUUCGGAUCCCCUUGUCAAUAAUCUUGCACAGAACUCAGAUUUAGUGCGGCUAAACCUUUGCGGGUGCUCUGGAUUCUCCGAAUCGGCCUUGAAAGUUUUGCUCAGCGGCUGCUCCAGGUUGAAUGAACUGAAUCUCUCCUGGUGCUUGGACUUCAGUGAGCAGCAUGUGCAGGUGGCCGUGGCCCACGUAUCAGAGACCAUCACCCAGCUAAAUCUUAGCGGCUACCGAAAAAAUCUACAGAAGUCAGAUGUCUCUACCCUCAUUAGAAGAUGCCCCAAUCUUGUCCACCUCGAUUUAAGUGACAGUGUCUUGCUAAAGAAUGACUGCCUCCAGGAAUUUCACCAGCUCAGCUUUCUCCAACACCUGGCACUCAGUCGGUGCUAUGACAUAAUACCCGAAAACUUACUUGAACUUGGAGAAAUUCCCACAUUAAAAACACUUCAGGUUUUUGGAAUUGUUUCUGACGGGAUCCUUCAAGUGUUAAAGGACGCGCUUCCUCAUCUACAGAUUAAUUCUUCCCACUUCAGCCCCAUUGCCAGGCCCACUAUUUGCAGCACCAAGAACCAGGAGAUAUGGGGCAUCAAAUGUCGGCUAUCGCUGCAUACGUCCAGUUGUCCGUGA